AUGGGGGACAAAAAUAAGAAAGAUAAAAAGUCAAAGUGUGAUACUCCGUGCAAGGAGGCGUUUGGGCCACUUCACGUCAACGUCAAAACAACAACAACCGUAGUUCUUCUGCUGAGGUCCCCUGAAGAUGACAUAGUAAUGAUUGCAUGUGAAGCACUCUACGGUUUUGCAGAGGAAGAUGAUAAAAAGGUUUACCUCAUGGAGCUUGGAGCGUUGCAGCAGCUACGUCAUCUCAUCAAUCACGGCAAUGAAUUGAUCAGACGCAAUGCAUUCAUGAUUUUGGGCAGGAUGGUCACCAACGGUGCCGUCGUCAGUGCCCUGCAACAAAUUGAUAUCAUCCCAUCAAUUAUUGACAAAUUAUCACUUGACGACUCAGUAGUUCAAGACUGUGGGACGCUGUGCCUGUCUUUUUUGUCCGUGGCUCCUUGCUGCAAGGCCCAGAUUGUUGCCAGCAAAGGUCUGCCGCCAUUGAUCAAGCUCCUUUCCAGUAUAGAGCCAGAUAUUCAGAAGAACUCCCUCGAGACCAUCUACAACGUGGUUCAAAACAGCCCACCGUGCCCUGCGGUAUACGAGUUGGGCGGGAUCCCCAUCCUUUUGGAGCUGCUCGAUUCCCCCUACGCCAUCAUUCAGCAACUGGCUUUAAAGACGUUACAAAAGGUCACCGCCGAUAAAGGGUCACACGGCAUUCUAAGAAAAGAGCAAGGAAUUAUCAAGCUCCUGGAGAUCCUCAAAGACAAGAGCUUGGAUGACCUCCAUUUUGACACCUUGGAGGUUCUUGCUAACUGUAUAAGCAAUAGUGACAAUUUACAGCUAAUCCAAAACGGAGGAGGACUCACCGUGUUGGUAGAGCUUCUUCUUCCCACUCAAGUCCCCGAAGUGGAGUCCGAUCCCGUUGAAUGCGUCAGCCAUGAAGUCUUCUCCAGUGCUGUUAAAUGCAUCUCCAGGGCGAGCCAGCACUCUGACAGUCACAAAGAUCUCCAUGAGUUGAAGUUUGAGGAGAUUCUGCUGGAUCUUCUGUCUCAAGGCACUGAUAGUGUGAGAACACUAGCUUGUCAAGCCGUGGCUGCUAUGAGCUCCUUCCUGGCCAGCAAGGAACACUUCAGGGAUUUAAAUAUUUUCCCUGCUCUGGUACGCUUACUAAACAACGGGAAUUUGGCGUUGAGAGGGGAAGCUCUCCAGGCCCUCGCCAACCUCACAUCUGGAAACAAACUCAACAUUUUGGCGCUAUAUGAAGCGGGAGGACUUAAGCGCCUUGUGAAGCGACUCGGUGACAACUGUCCGAGACGGGUGACCAAUGCCGCGGUGAUGCUUUGCAGGUUAGCAGUACAGGGGGACGAGAUUCAGUAUGAUGUGUUGUCGCGGGGAGCCAUGACAGCGCUGGUGAAGCCUUUACACUCGACGGACGCGCAGGUCCUGAUCAAUGCUACGUUGUGCAUCUGUGAACUGGCGUUCCACGCGGAUGCCAGGGCACAGCUACGGCGAGCUCGUGGUCUCGAGCCGUUGGUCAAUUUGCUGCGUACCACUCACACGGAGGUGCUGCGCUGCACAUGCACGGCCAUCAGUGUGUGUGCAAAGGAUGAACCCACUGCUGUGGCCAUGUGUAAAUUUGGAGCGCUGGAAAUGCUUCAUGAAAUCAACCAGUCGGAGAACAGCAAGACCAAGUUCAGCGAGUUUGCCUUGAACAGUCUCAUUCAAGCCAGCUUGUCACUCAAAUAUGGGCUGACGGGUUAUUUGGCUUCCACGGAUGUUAUCACCGAUGGUUUCUUCGAUGCUGGGAAGUUCUGGUUUGGUCAGAAAGUUCUGACUCUAGAGGAACUUUCAAUGGAGCCUGUCAACCAACGAUUGACCGUGAUAGCUGUCAACGCGUCAAUUGAGAACAUUGACGAUGGAGCGCAACCGUUCGAGUCUCCUCAAGGAAAAGUGAUGGAUGACGUCACAUUGCAGCUCCUGGUUAGAGAGGUCAAAGAGUCCAUUUUGCUUCUGAGCGACGAAGUGGAGCAAUAUGCUGCCUUGGCUAGGCGUGUAUGCGAUGCCAUGGGUGGAGCAACGGAGAAAGACGAGUUGCACCGUUUCGGAUGGCUGCUGCACAUCUGCCUGCUCAAAUGCCAACUGCAGUGCAAUGUGGUCCCCAUCGGAAUGAUCAGCAAGGGAUUCUACUGUCACAGGGCGCUUCUUUUUAAGUACUUGGCCGAUUGCAUUGGUAUGAGGUGUACUCUGGUUCGAGGGGACAACAACCGAGCUUGGAAUGAAGUACUCGUCUACAAGGAAGAUACCUCCAGCAAUGGAUACUCUAUUCAGCCAUGUUGCUACAUUGUGGACCUCAUGCACCAGCCCGGGAACUUAAUAGGAGCUAAUACUGCUGCAGCGAUUCGAUAUAACAGUAUAUAG